AAUGGCUAACAUAUAAACAACUGAUAAUAUUACUUAAGUGAUUCAAAUAAAUCCUUAAAUUCAAACACUUCCAAAUUAAGUUUAAAUUCCUAAUCAAAUUACACAAAUGUAAUAAUCCCAAUAAUAAACAAUUACUGUAUAUGCUCCUUAAUUAAAUCUACCAAAGCCUUAAUUUAAUCUUAAUCAAGUUCAAGCCAUCUAAUUCCCUUAAUCUCAACAUCCUUAAAACAUGAUUCCACCUUAAUAAUAAUAAUAUGUCUAAUAUCAAUAAUAACCAUAAAUAAUGUAACCAUUGCUUCCUAUUAUUAAACAAGAGGAAACCUUAAAACAUGAUUAAUUAAGAUUGGCUGGUAAAAUGGAGAGAAGAUAUUUUAAUUUACAAGUUCUUUGUUUCUUUCUCCUAUUUUAAGCCUUUGCUUUAAUUCUAUGCUGUGCUUCAUAUCAAAAUAAUUUUACUCAAUUCCAAUAUAAUCUUUAUGGAAGCUUUAAAGUUCCCUUUUACAUCUUUACUGUGAUGAUGAGUCUUUCACUUAUUUAUUCAUACGCAAUCUCCAAAAAAUCAAAGGAUAAAUAAAUUAAUACUAUUCUUUGUGUUUUUUAUGGAUUAACAUAUGGUUUCUUUAUUUAAGCUUUGUAUUCCUCUACUUAUUAUAAUUUCACAUAUUAUUAAAAUGGUAACUAUUAUCACUUUUUGGAAUCAAAUGGAGAUGAUGUUAUAGUAGUAAUAGUAUACAGUUUUAUAAAUCUUGAAACUUUGUCAUUAUUUUCUUAUACAAUGUAAGAGUUAAAUCAAUUAAAUUUUAAAAGUAAUUUUUUACUAUUAUAAUUAGGUUCUUUCUGGUACAUAGUGAUACCUACUAUUACCUAUGGUGGAAUUUUAUUUUCUCUUUAUGAUAAAUAUGCUAUUUUAUGUGGAAUUAUCUUUGGUGCAAUUUUCUUUGGGUUUUAUUUAUAAUUCAUACUGUAAAGAAUUAAUCAAUCUACUAAAGUAAUUAUCAUUUUUAUAAUCAAAUAGUUUAAUUUAAGAACCGAUGAUGGUUAAUAUGCAGCUGUUCUAUUCAGUUUCUUAAUUUUAAUUCCAUUUUUUGAUAUCAGAAAUAAUAAAAGUGAUGAAAUGGUUUAAGAAUCUUAAGGCUAAAACUCUUAGUAAAAAAAUGUACAAUGAGGAAAAUCAUAAAACAAUACCC